CCGCUCAGUAUAUUCUAUGUUCUUCGACGUUAACGUGAAGCGUGUUCAAUUCCCUUCUUACCCGUAGAUUGUGGUUAGAAUCGCUUUAAUCCGAUUUUCUUUAAGAAACGAAAUGGCGAAAUUCGAUUUAACAUCACGUAUAGGUCAAUAUCUUGACCGGCAUUUAGUUUUUCCACUUUUGGAAUUCCUAUCUGCAAAACAGAUUUACGAUGAGGACGAAUUACUUCAAGCUAAGCUCGAUAUUCUUAGCAAAACAAAUAUGAUAGAUUAUACAAUUGACAUUCGGAAACAGCUUUAUCCUAACUUAGAAGUGCCAGAGGAAUUGAAAGCUCGUCGUGCAGAUGUACUACAAGAACUCGGUAUUUUACAAAAUAAUGUGUCUGUUGUUGUACAACUUAUGAAUAAUGAAGAAGUUAUGAAGAAAAUGGAAAACAUGCGAGAUUCUAAAGCAUUGAACAAUUAUCUUACUCAAGAAUCUGAGUUUAGAGUGGAAAUGAUGGAUAGUUUCGUGAAACUAGCAAAAUAUCGUUAUGAAUGUGGCAAUUAUUCUGUUUCUACAUCAUAUUUAUAUUUUUAUAUGCUUAUAAUGCCACCGACUGAUAAGAAUUAUUUAAAUGUACUUUGGGGCAAACUGGCAUCAGAAAUUCUAGUGCAAAAUUGGGAAACUGCAUUAGAGGAUGUAAACAAAUUAAGAGAAUACAUUGAUAGCAAUGUCAUAGGAAAUUCUCUUCAAGUACUACAACAAAGAACAUGGCUUAUUCAUUGGAGUUUAUUUGUAUUUUUUAAUCACGUGAAAGGCAGAGAUUUAAUCGUAGAAAUGUUUCUUUAUAGACCACAUUACCUAAAUGCAAUUCAGACAAUGUGUCCUCAUAUAUUGAGAUAUUUAGCAGCUGCUGUCAUCGUUAAUCGUUCCAGACGAUCUAUCUUAAAAGAUCUUGUAAAAGUAAUACAGCAGGAAUCUUAUACGUAUCGUGACCCCAUCACAGAAUUCCUAGAACAUUUAUAUGUCAAUUUUGAUUUUGAUGGAGCAAGACAAAAACUACAAGAAUGUCAAACAGUUGUAUUUAAUGACUUUUUCUUAAUUGCGUUACUGAGCGAAUUUGUAGAGAACGCACGUUUAAUGAUCUUCGAAACAUUUUGUAGAAUACAUCAAUGUAUAAGUAUUGGAAUGCUUGCAGAAAAGCUUAAUAUGAAAGCAGAUGUAGCAGAAUGUUGGAUCGUUAAUCUAAUUCGUAACGCACGACUAGAUGCCAAAAUAGACAGCAAAUUAGGGCAUGUUGUAAUGGGUGGACAACCCGCAUCUCCAUAUCAACAAUUAGUCGAGAAAAUUGAAACUUUAAGUGUUCGUAGUGAAGCAUUAGAAAAUUUAAUUGAACGGAAACUAAAAGCUAAGAAUCAAGACCCUGUAAGUAUAGUGUGGAACUAACUAAGUACCAAAUCUCGUGGAAUCUGGACUUAUGACAUCAUGAUGUAAUAUGCAGGGAUAUUGUUUAAAAACAUCCAAUUGUUUAAUUCAACCCCAACCUAAAAGCGAAACGCGUGGAGCGACAUAAUUCAAUUCUAUGCAUGUAAGCCGAAGCCAGAGUUCUAAUAUAAAACGAAUAUAUUUAUAUUCAUACAUUUUUCUUUAAAAAAUUAAAUUGAAUGAAUAAAAAUAUAUUUGUAAGAACAUUGUAUAAAUAUACGUGUGUACAUUACAACAUAAAAACCAUUGUACUGUUUGUAAUAUGUAUCGGCACAUUUCAUUAUAAGAAACGUGUUAAAAAGAA